AUGUUACUAUCUAAAGCAACAUAUCAAAGAUCAAAUUUACCUGAUCAGGAGACCAUAAAGAAGUGUGAAGAAUUGGAGUUGAAUCAGAAGGAUUCCACUGAUGCUAAUCAACUUUAUAGUGAUAUGAAGAGCCUGUUCUUUGAUUCCAACGAAGAAGAAUCAGUAACAUCUCGCAGUGAUAAGAUUGCCUACCUCAAGAACAACUGGCAAGAAAAAAUAUUGCAGUUUCAGGAAAUGAAAAGUGAACUUUAUAAUCGACAGAAAACCAUACUGGAAAUAUACGCCAUUCUCCGCAAUACGAAAGAGAAGUUACGUGUUCUGGGCCACCCAGCCAACCUGCCGUCUGCUGAAGACCUGCGCGUCAUGAAUGUAGCCAACAUGUCUCCAGGACAACUGCUGCAACUGUGUGCUGGAUCAAAAGUUAAGAAAGAAGAAAAUGAACAACUCUCCCCAAGGGGUUUAACAAUUGAUUUGAAAAGGGUUAAUGACAUGCCGUCGAAGCUUGUCGCCACAUGCGAGCAAACUCUCGUUAAGAGAAAAGAAUUUAUUGAGUGGUUUCAAAGUUUCUUGAACAAUCCAGUUAAGGAGUAUUCGAAACAAAAACUAAUUAAAAAAGUCAACGAAUUCAACGAAGAGAAUGAAAUGAUCUACAGCAGCUUACAGAACUCUAAGAGCGAGUUCCUUAAUGAAAUAAAUGACUAUUUAAGAACAUAUUGGAACGAAGCGGUCCGCCUUCAAAUGCAAAACGAAGAACUAACAUGCACUCUGUCCGAGUUGAAUUCUCAGAACAAAGAUCUCCAAAAACGAAUACACAUAUGCGAGCAACAAAAGUCAUACAACAAUAAGCUGAGGAUCGAGGAACUUGAAAAAGAACUAAAAGAAGAAAAUAUCAAGAGAAUGACUAUAAAGGACAGGUUGUCAAGGGCAGAAGGUCAAGUGAAAAUCGGUGAGGAGAGGUCACUGCAGUUAGAGAGUUCUCUCAGCCACGCGAGGAACAGAACGAGGUCCUUGGAGCGAACCGUGCAGCAGUUACAUGAUCAAAACGAACAACUUCAAAAGGACUUUGAUGUGGAAUUAAAUAAAUUGAAGGAAUCGAUGAGGAAAAACACAUUACAGCUGGAAGAGAUAGCUGCUGCCAGAGAAUCAUUACAGGCUGAGAAAGAAGACCUUAAAAAGAAAUUAGAGGAAUUAUCUGAACACUAUACCGAGUCCGUGAACAAUAUAAAACAAGAACUGAAUAAAAAUAUGACGAAACUAAUGGAAGUCGAAAAGAAAUAUAAACAUUCGAAGGAAGAAAAUAUGAGUUUAAGAAAUAGCGUAGAGUCACAGAGCGCGCGAGUGAAGGAUGCAGAAGAACGAUAUUCACAGCUGUUCAGAGAGUAUAAAGAUAUGGAAGACGCGUUUAACGAAACAAUGAAAUAUAAAGAACAGUUAGAGGAAGCGAAAGAGAAUCUAGACAAAGCAAAUUCUGAUCUAGCGAAAUAUAAGAACUUUGUCUCAGAACACAGUAAGGUUAUAAAAGAAAUGGAGUCUGAUUACAAGAGGUGUCACAUGUUUGAAGAGAAAUUAAAAGGAGAAAUUAAUAAGAAAGAAGAAUAUAUAACAAUACUAGAAAAUAAACAAGAACAUAUGGAACAACAGAUACAAGAAAGUGAAAGCAAAAUGAAGAUGUAUGAAAACCAAUUGAUCGACUUAAAAGAGCAAAUAAAAAAUUUGCAAGAACAUUUCGGUGAAUUAAAAGAUUUGAAUAAUCUUCGUAAACUGGUUGAAGAACAAAACUCAUUGUUAUCCAAAGCCAAGGAGGACUUGAAUAAAAUAACACAAGAUAUAUUCAUGAAGAGAGGCGAAUUAAAUGAAGUAGAAGACACGCUUAGGGAACAAGAGGAACUUCUCAAGGAGAGAAAGAAUAUUUUACAAAUAAUGUCAGAAAAGGAGGAAGAACAAAAUAACGUUAUACAACUCAGCCAAGAAAUAGAAGAGAAGAACACAGAAAUAAACUCGCUCAUCACUAACAUUGAAACAAGGAAACAACAAAUAUGUCAGCUCGAGAAAAUUAUUCUCACCUUGGAAGAUCAAAACUGUAGAGCUGCGAUACAAAAACGAAAAGACAACGAUAAGAUUCAUACACUGGAGACGAAACUUAAGGAAUAUGAAGGUUAUAUAGAGAAAAAACUGAAUAGGGCUCCUCAAUUUGAACAUUUGGAUAACUUGAUAAAGAUAUUGGAAGAAGAGAUUGAAGCACCUUACGAAAAACCGUUACUGGCUGCUAAAGAAAGCUACAGUAACUACAGAAACAUUGAGGUCUUAGACAACCAUCACGCGAAACGGUUUUACGACGAACACAAUCAAAUACAACAAGAAAAUAUUAAAACACCCACCAAAAUAGUCAUGGGGAAUUUCGUGAAGAAAACAUACGAUUUAUCAAACGAUUCUAAAUACGAUUAUGACAAUCUCGACCGAAAACAGGCCAUCACCCAUAUUGACACGCAGAAAUGGAUUCCGCCGCCUAAUGCGGAGGAUCUGAUGUCUUUUAAUGAGAGUAAUUUAAUGUAUCACAAUAGACCAAGUCAAGUUAAAUACCCAGCUGAAAAAUACUUAAAAAAUCUCCUCCCCGAUCAAUCGAGGAACGAUAAAAAGAGUAAAAUGUUCAAAUUCGCCGGUCACCCGCUCGUGUGA